AUGUUAUGUUACACCUUGUACACAUUAAAGAUACAACAAGUUGAUGUUACAGGUAGAUUCUCAAACGUUUUUGGGUUGUAGUUACUCAACCAAACAUAUAGUAUAUAGUUUACUAUAGAGAACAUGGUAUUAGAAGCCACCGAGCGUAGAUUGAGUGAUCAGCUUCGGAAUGCCAAAGACAUGGGCUACACGGAUUCGGAAGUGUGGGCGGCGUUGGAGUGGGUCAACAAGGAUAAUAAUGAUAAGGUAAGGGGUGGUGGGCUUGGAAAUUUACUCCCCCCGCUAUUUGGGCUUAUGAGUUUUACCCUUCCUACAAGUGGAGGGGGGGGAGUGAUUUUUGACUGAAGGGAUGAUGAGGCCUAAACUAUAAUAACUCUCCACUUUACAGCCAUUCGAGCCGUUCGAAUCCAUAAGCACCAUGGUAGAUGCUUUGAGUUAUAUUCAGAAGGAGAAGAAGUCAUCGACCGGUAGUUUUAACAGUUUCAAUUCGCCUGGCUUACGAUCUUCAUUGUCAAGGUUUCCAAGCUCAUCUGCCAUUAGUGGAUACUAUGAAAAGGAUUCUGAUGGUGCUGCUACUUUACCAUGGUAAGGGUAUCGUAUAGUGGGCUUUGAGGUGGGGCUAAGGUGGAGUCGAGCUAGGGGUAUUGUAGGGUAGGGAAGGGUAAGGCAGGGCUAUGAAAAGCAAGACUAGGCAAGGGUAGGACAGGGCAAGGCAGAGCAGGACAAGACAAGGGUAUGGUAAGGUAGGAUAGGAUAGGGUAGGGUACGGUAGUUUAGGGUAGAGUAAAGUAGGGUAUGAUAGGGUAGGGUAAGGUAGGGUAGGUUAGGAUAAGGUAGAGUAGGAUAGAUAAAAGAUGUCAUUUUCAGGUCAGAAAGGACCCGGAUCAAAUGUCAAAACCGUAGUAAGUUGUUUAGUGAAGGCCCUUCUUCAAUAUUUCGUACUGUAAAAGACUUUGAAACUCAUGGAGCUGAUAGAGAAGUUCAUAGGGUAGGUCUUGAACUGAAAAUUUGAGAAAAAAUAUAAUUUUAAAAUUAAAAUGGAAAUUUUUGAAAUAUAAAUUUCAAUUUAGUCCCAAUCCCUAAAAAACCUCCGUCGUCAACCUUCGUCUAAGUCACUGCAUCGUAGUUUGGAUCUUCAUCAAGACCACUCUUUUGGCCAUCAUUCGGCCAAAACCCAGGUCAAAAGUUCGAUCCAAAGACUGAUCGACACAUUCGAAAAUGAAAAUCGACGCCAUUUCGAAGAGUUUCAACAAAUCAACCAUGAAUUGAGGGUAAGUUUAGGACAGAACCUAUACCUACUUUUGUGAAGCGGUGAAGAAUAUUAAAACGCUUAUGAACCUUAUGGCCAAAGUUAUAUUAUGAUUCAGAAGUUAUGUCAUGUUGUAGUACCCUACCCACCUUAAUUCUUUCAGAGAAAACUAGAAAACAGUUUUAACGAAACCGAGAACUUGAAAGACAUGUUACGAUUGCGCGACGAGAAGAUAAGACAACAAGAAGUCAUUUUUAAAAACUACGGUGAAAUGGAAAAGCGAUUGGAAAAUGCUAAUCGAAGGAUUCAGGAUCAUGUAGGUUACCCUACCCUACCUUACUUUACCAUACCCUACCCUAACUUUAUAUUACCCUCCCGAUCUUUAUCUACAGUAUCCUACCAACCCUCGUUUUACUUACCCUACUCUACUGUUCGUUAUCCUACCCUACUGUACUCUGUCCUAAACUACCCUGCUUUUCCCUGCCCUACGUUAUCUUACCCUAUCUUAUCUUGCCUUACAUUACCCUGUUCUACUACACUAUACCCUACUCUAUUCUACCCUACCUUGUAAUACCCUAACCUACACUACCAUACCCUACUCUACCCUACUUAUCCUACCCUCGCCAUCUUUAUAUUACUCUACCCUAUCCACCCUAACUUUACAUUACCCUAGCCCACUCUACCCUACCAUCAUAUAACCUAAAACCAUAUAUUUCUAACAAAAAUGACCUUUUCCAGUUGAAAGACGUCCAACUCCGUGAAGCCGACAUUCUUCGUCAGCAACGUGACUACGAAACGCUACAGCGUCGGCAUGAUGCCGAGAUGAGGAAAACGGAAGAGGUAUGACAUUCUUCACAUAGUUUCAUAUCUUUCAAAACCAAAAUACAGUUUUUCAAAUUUGGAGGUCAAUUAAAAAUGGCAGUUUUAGAUAAAGAACAGUCUGAACGAUGAGAUUGCAAGGUUGGUGAGGGAAAACGACCGGUCGAUGCAUAUGAUGAGGGAAAUUGAUGAGUUGAAGGAGCAGGUAUGUUAACUUGCUGUUAUAUUUUGUCAUUUUUGGCCGUAAACACUUAUGAUUUUGGGCCAAAAUACCUUGUGAUGAUGAAGGUUCUCAUCUAAGUUUAUGCAAAUUUUUGUGUUUUCUGGUAAAAAAGUUCAUAGAAAACGGAAAAAACCUUUAAAAAAACCUAUUUCUAUUCAUUUUUGAGGCGAGUUAUAAUGUAUUUUAACUAUGAUGUAAUAUUUAUACUGCAGAUUCGAACAAAAGAUACCCAGUUGUCUCAACUCAACGUGGAUACAUCGUCUGAGGUUACUGAGUUAACGGCCGAAGUAAAUCGAUUAAAAGAUGAAAUUAGAGAAUUGGAACAAAGACAAACUCUAGGACCGACUUGUGGAGUUUGUAUGGAUUCUAGGGUAAGGGUACUGUAAUUUUUUGGGUACAAUAUUGUAUAGUAUAUGUUGGGUCGAUUUGAGGGUUUUUCUAUAUAGUACGGAAUUAAUUUACGCACGAUACUGUAGAGUAUUGGAUCGAGUUGAGUACGAUACUGUAUAGUACUCGUGCAUUUUAAUUCCAAUUUUUUUAAAAUCCUUACCUGAUUUUAGAGGGAAGUCAUCUUCAUGCCCUGCCUCCACUUUACUUGCUGUAAAAACUGUUCGGAUGCUAUGGAUCAUUGUAGUAUAUGUCGGCUUCGUAUCAUGGGCAAGAUCGAAUUUUUCCAAUAA